CGUAUGCCCAUUGCUGUGUGCCAUAACUCGUGACACAUUCCGAUGACUCGGAACCAUAAUUCGGAUUCUCGGAACCAGCCAUGUAAAUGGCUGCCACAGCGAUUACGAACGUGUAAACGGAAGCAUGUUAAAAUAAGAGAUUAGACAUACGCGAGUUAUUAGGCGUUGGUUCAGUUGGAAUACUAGUAUUUUUCACGUCUAAUUACGCAAGAUGAAGUCCUGGCUGCCCAUACCGCCCCGGUCGCACUUUUCGCUGCUGAACAUUCCUUUCGGGGUGAUUUCGAGCAAAGAUAAGCAUGCACACAGACCCGCUAUCGCCAUUGGGGAACACAUCCUCGACCUCGACGCUUUUGCUACGGGCGGAGGCUUCAGUAAAGCAGCAAAUGUGUCUUCCGAGCACGCUAAAGCGUUCUCACAGCCCACUCCGAACGCCUUUGCAGAGCUUGGGCGACCUGUGCAUCGCGCCGUCCGCUCAUAUCUGCAGGAGAUAUUCCUCAACGACACGCCCCACCCGGACGUGUUGAAGGAUAAUGAAAGCCUCAGAAAGGCGGCUUUGAGACCCAUUUCAGAGGUGUCUAUGCACCUCCCAUUCGCCAUCGGAGAUUACACAGAUUUUUUUGCUGGCAGAAACCAUGCUCACAACGUUGGUGUUCUGUUCCGUGGACCAGCCAACGCCCUUCAGCCGAACUACAGCCAUCUGCCAGUCGCCUACCACGGUCGUGCAAGCUCAGUCGUGGUCUCUGGAACACCCCUCAGGCGACCAUGGGGACAGGCGCUGCCGGCUCCUGGCGCGACCGAGCCCGUCUUCCGGCCAUGUGCGCGCCUCGAUAUUGAACUCGAGAUGGGCAUGUUCAUCAGCAAGCCAAACGACCUCGGUAGUCCGGCAUCUGUAAAAGAUGCCGACGAGCACAUAUUCGGCUACGUCUUGAUGAACGACUGGAGUGCAAGAGAUAUCCAGCAAUGGGAAUAUGUGCCCCUUGGUCCGUUCAACGCAAAGAACUUCGGAACCACGAUUAGCGCCUGGGUUGUGCUUGCGGACGCACUCGAACCAUUCAGAACAAAGGGACUGGAGAAUGAAGUCCAGUUGCAGAAGUAUCUCCAAGAAAGCCGGUCCGAUAAUGUUCUUGAUAUCAAGUUAGAAGUGUCUCUUGCUCCUUCAGAAGGCGAGAAAUCAACCAUCACUCGCACAUCUGCCAGGAAUCUUCUCUGGUCCUGGCCGCAGAUGGUGGCUCAUCACUCAAUCUCUGGCUGUAACCUUUGUGCUGGAGACCUUCUCGGUUCCGGUACCAUUUCAGGGGACGAAGCAGGUACAGUGGGGUGCCACAAGUUCGUGUACACCCCACCACCACGCGUUCCGACGCGUUUUCUCCCCAACACCUCUUUUUCUUCCACAUACCACAACUUUAGCAAAUGGAGGCCAAAAUACAUGCUUUUUGCUCUGGAAUAAUAGGGAGUCACAGAGCUAAGUAUGAACUCACAGAAGUCCAGCGAGUAGCGAUUACCGCGUUUGUUAUGGCUGGUAAAAGCUACCGCGAGGUCGCGGUGCUCUUCGGCCUGCCACAUUCGACGGUGCAGAAGACGGUUCAUCGAUACACUGAAGGCAACGGCUUUCAGUCGCUGCCCCGGAAAGGAAGGACAGAGAAUCUUUCUAAUACGGAGAAAAGGGCUCUAGUCAGAUCUGUUCGAAUCAACUACCGGCAACCGUACCAUGAGCUCGCUGCUGAGUGGCAAGGCAGAGCUAGUCUCCGCACUAUUAAGCGUGUUCUCAAGAAGGGAAGCUACCGUAAAUGGAGAGCUAUGAAGCGGCCCUUUAUAACACCAGAAGCAGCGGCCAAGAGACUCGAAUUUGCA